AUGCUGCGAAUUUGCUUGCGGCCAUUGUGCCGCCCCCCUGUCUUUCAGGCGGGCGAGUCUGUCGGUGGAUGCCUGACGAACUCUUUGCAUUGCGAUGGGAAAACGACGCCUUUGGAGCGGCUGCUUGCACCGUUUAUCCCAGUCACAUUCACCGCCCUCACGCAGAUAAGCCGUAGUGUCGAUGCGGAGCUGAUGGAGAGAGUUGCGGAGGCGGGAGGCCUACGGAGCUUCCUUGGCCGCCACUCGGACUUGUUUGCUGUCUCAAAGGUGGGUGGCGUUUACGUGGCCCGCCGCCUCCGACGUCGUUGUGUGGGGUCCAUCCCCUCUGAAGGUGCGGGUCUUCGUCUGUCUUGCGAGGCACACGGCCCCGAACCGGAGCAGCAGGUGGAGGAUGCGGGUGUAUUUCCACGGAUCCAAAGCGUCCCCUUGGAGGUGUUUCGCCUAUUUCCUACUUUCUUUGUGCCCAUGGAGGCGUUAUUGGCACACUUGUGUAAACUGCCGUCGACAACGUUAUCCAACUCGAGAGGAGAAGAGGAAUUGGUUUCCGAGGACCACUCCGGCAGGAGUCCUGAGGCCGUAGCAGAAUCUCUUGUCGAGAAGUACAAUAAAUUUAUCGAAGUUGUUUCAUUGAAUGACAACAAUGGCAACGGGGAGAAGGAACAACUUAAGAAAUUUGUGCGUCUUCAAUCGAAAUUUGCUACACGUGCUGCCUCGUAUGAGGAAAAGGAAGUGGAAGUUACAGGAGGCCGUGAAGGAUGCAUCAGUCAAAUUAUGGAGCCUUACAAAGUGGAAGAAUAUGAACAAUACCGUGUAGCUCGACUGAUUCCAGUUGCAGAGGAAUUUUGUCCCAUUUCUGCAGAAAUGCGACAGGCGGCGGCUGUGUUGCUUCCUGAAGGACGGAGCUUAAUUCAUGUGCUUUUGUCGGCACCAGAUCUCUUUGAAGUUCGGGAUACGCCAGAGCUGUCUGUUCGCUUUAUUCUGGACUCGCGCUUCAGACCGACCACCACGUGCACGAAAGAAGAAAUUGAAAGGAAGCUGACCGAACUGAAGGAAUCGCGAGUGAAAAAUGGCCUAAAAAUGCCGAUUGAUAGAAAAAAACGACGAACUUUAUCGAGACAACUUCAGUUUUUUGUUAAACCCACGCCAUACUUGGACGAACGUGUUUGGGCCCACGCAUUGCUGGAUACGUUGCCGCUGGACGGUCCCGUCGCAUUUGCUGUCGCCAUGUCAAAUCUUCCAAGUGAAUGUCUGGCCUGCACUCCAGUGAACUUACAACGUCUUAUUUCUCAAUAUUCUUAUCUGUUUAGCCUAGUUGAGGGGGAGAGGGAGAAGUUGCUGCAGCGUGCAGAUAUUCCCGCAGUUGAGCAGCGUUCAGUGUCAAGUAUCGAUACGGAGGAAAUACUGUUGACGAUCUACAAUUACUAUCCACGCCGUAGGCAUCCUAACUGUGGGACAUGUCUUGAGCGUUGUAUUUAUUCUAUGCCGCUGCUGCUCCGCACUAGGUUGCGUCAGUUGGACUUUGUAGAGGAAGUACUUCGUAAGCAUCCCGACAAGGUUGAGGUGCUCGGUAUGCUUGACGAGGAACUGAUGAUGCAUGAUAGAAACCUAGCUGAAAAGUCGCAGAUGUGUCAAUUAUUUCGUUUCGUCGGGGAGUAUCAGGCGGAGUUGAUCAAGCGCUAUGAGGCACUGUGUGUCAAACUGGGUAAAGACCCCAACACAAAAAGGUUGGUGUAG